CUGCUCCAUACAGCACAGGCUCGGGCUCUGCUUUAAAAGCAAACAAAACAAAGUGAAAUUAGAGAUCAUCGGCCCGCUCUGAAAACCUGCCACGGCACAAACAGGUUUUGCAGCAUUACUGUGUGUGUGUGAUUUCAUUUGAAACACAGCCGCUAUUAAUAACUUCUGUGGGGGUGAUUGCAUGAGAAUGGAACUGGCACAUUCUUUCAAGGUGACAGUGUGUCUUGUGUGAAGUCUCACGAAGGUAGAUGAACCCGUUCUGAGCUCAAGCGCUGCAUGUUUUUCUUUUUCUUUCUAUCUGUAAAUCCUAGAGCCGGCACUGCUCAGGUAACACCUGUUAUCUCACUCUUCUAAUGGAAAUGGGCAGCGAAUAAAACUAGCUGAGAGAGUCACACGUGUGCUGAUCAUGCUCUGGAUGCCCUAGAUACCUGAUACUUCAGAUACUUAAUCGAAUCCACUCCAGGUGGAUAUAGCCCCUGCAAAGAAUCAUUUCAAUAGAACGAUGUGUUUAAAAUAGAGGAAGUCCUCGUCCUUGGUAUCCCCUUGUUUCACUUUCACUAUUCUAGCAGCUUGUUAGGUCAGAUUCAGCAACAUUUGUUUGAAUGUUCAAUAGAGCACUGUCAGGUUGUGUUUUCCCCUGCCCGUUUUAUUUAAACAUAUACAGUACCUACACACUUGAAUUCAAACUGCGGAUUAUAUUGUGGAAGAUAAGUAGGUGAACUGGCUGGGGCCCAGUUAGACUUGUGCCUCAAUGCUUUGAUACCACAAGAAGAAUAUUGUUUCAAACUGACCUGACAGGGGCAAAGCUCAAACAGUCUUUACAAGAUUUUAAAUGCGUGCAAACCAGAAAUACUGCAAAAGAAAAAAAAAUCCUUUCUUCUUUUUAACAAAUAACAGCAGGCCAAUACAAGACAAAAUAAAUAUAGCUGUGGGACUGAGAAAAGGAACCUGCAUCAAAGUGACACAGCAGAUAAGAUCUCGGUUCUCUUAACAGUAGGCUGGAAGCAUGCAGAGUUAUUAAAACCUCCAGACCCACAUUGCUUCCUGUGCAGUUUGGAGCAGUGCAAAGCCCCCCUCACACAGUACUAGUGAACCAUGAAUAGCAGCCUCCUCCAUGUCAACGGCACCUUUUCGUGCCCUGCCGAGCCCCAGUCCAUCAUCAUCCCGAUCUUCCUGAUCCUGGUCUUCCUGGGCGGCUUCAUUCUCAACAGCGCCAGCCUGUGGAUCUUCUGGUUCCGUAUCCCGCGGUGGAACUCGGGAAUGAUCCUCCAGUUCCACCUGGCCCUGAGCGACGCCAUGGUCACCCCAGCCGCCCCGUUCAUGGCGAUCUACUACUCCCUGGGCAGCCACUGGCCCUUCGGACCAUUCCUGUGCCAGCUCAAAGUGUUCCUUCUCAGUACCCACCUGUACAGCAGCAUCUACUUCCUCAUGCUGAUCAGCGUGCACCGCUACGUGGCCGUGGUGCACUACAGCAGGGUGUCCCGGAUGAAGAGAAAAGAGUUUGUUCACAAACUCUGCCUGGGCGUGUGGUUCUUCCUCUUCAUCAAAGGCACAGCCUUCUUCUUCGUCCUGGAGACCAGCCAGGUGGGCAACCACACCAAGUGCCUGAGCAUCUACCAGGACCAGCUGACCAGCUUCUACUUCAUCAUGAACUUCGUGCUCCUGGUCCCCGGGUUCCUGGUCCCCUUUGCCAUCUCCGUCACCUGCUACAGCCUCCUGGUUUCCUCCGUCUCCAAGAUGAAAACCAACACCCUCAAGGGGAAGGUCAUCAAGACCAAGUCUCUGAAGAUGAUCGCUGUCUGCAUGAGCAUCUUCGUGGCCUGCUUCACGCCCCUGCACGUGGCCCGCACCCUCGGGGUUGUGGUGAAGAGGUUCUUCCCCAACUCCUGUGCGCUGCUCACCCAGGUGGAGAGCGCUUACUACAUAUCCUGGACUCUAGCUGGGGCCAACUGCUGCCUGGACCCCUUGCUGUACUGCUUCGGGUCCGAGAAAUUCAACAAGUCCUUCAAGAGCUCGCUGAACAGGAUCGGGUUCAACUUUCACAGGCCUGCGGCUCUAAGGGGGAGGGACAGCACGAGCCAGAGCAUGACUACCAGGGCUGGCACCACAGCGCUCCAGGAGGCUUGAAGGCUCGCAGCUUAAUGUUCAUGCCAUUUCUGGGACAAAUGCUUGCUUUGAUUGCAGGCUCCGGCAAUCGAAAGCACUACAAGAUGGACUGCAAGUCAAUUUUAAGUGUUUUUUUAUUGUAAUAGGUGUACAGCAGUGUGCGCUUUUGGCAUCAGGUGUGGACUGACCCUAAGUUAUAUCAG